CAGCUUCAUAGUUUUUCCUAUAGAAGUCAUUUCAACAUUUAAGAAAAUCAGCAAGUAAUGGAACUCCAAUCCAAUAGAUUACUUGCAUUACUCUCCAUAGUAAUUCUAAUACUAGCACCUUCUUGUGAUGCUGGUGGAAUUGCUAUUUACUGGGGUCAAAAUGGGGGUGAGGGAACUCUGGCAGAAACCUGUGCCACGACGAACUAUGAUUUUGUGAUCAUAGCCUUUUUGCCAACCUUUGGUAAUGAUCAACAACCAAUGAUAAAUCUAGCUGGCCAUUGUAAUCCAAAUGUUGGCGAAUGUACCAAAUUAAGCACAGAUAUAAAAUCUUGCCAAGCGAAAGGAAUUAAAGUGAUGCUGUCAAUUGGAGGCGGUGCUGGGAGCUAUUAUUUUGCUUCUGCUGAUGAUGCUAGGCAAGUUGCUACUUAUCUUUGGAACAACUUCUUGGGGGGACAAUCGACUACUCGUCCACUUGGUGAUGCUGUUUUAGACGGAAUAGACUUUGAUAUUGAAGGAGGAACUAAUCUGUACUGGGAUGUUCUUGCCAAAUCUCUUUCUGCAUAUAGCAGUAUGGGCAAGAAAGUUUACUUAACAGCAGCUCCUCAGUGUCCAUUCCCUGAUGCUUGGAUUGGAAAUGCUUUAAAAACAGGCCUUUUCGACUAUGUUUGGGUUCAAUUCUAUAAUAAUCCUCCUUGUCAAUACAGUUCUAGUGAUAUUAGCAAUCUUGAAGCUGCAUGGGAACAGUGGACUUCAGAUAUCCCGGCCACAAAGAUUUUCCUUGGCUUGCCAGCAGCUCCUGCAGCUGCGGGAAGUGGAUUCAUCCCUGCUGAUGACCUCACUUCCCAAGUUCUUCCAUCAAUUAAAAACUCCUCCAAGUAUGGUGGUGUGAUGUUGUGGUCAAAAUACUAUGAUGAUCAGACCAAUUAUAGUUCUUUAAUCAAGAGUAAUGUCUGAAGUCCUGAGCUACACCUCAGAACUUGUGACCAAAUAUGUUGUAUUUAUAUAAAGUAAUAUGAUAGCAACUUGUCUUAUGUGUAAUUAUGCAUGUAUAAUAUGUAAAGGGAAAUACAGGUAUUGCCACUCUUCAUAGACCAUCAACCUAAAAGACGAAAAAAAGAAGGCGAAAAGCGAAGAAUAUUGUUCUAA